GCGCGUCGGGCCGGCGGCGGCGAGCGCCGCAGUCGCGCCCGGCGCCCACCGCGUCGCCACGCCGCUCGCUUCCACGCAAAUCGAUACAAGCGUGCCACAUGCACGUUUUACUACAUCACCAAGACGUCCAUGCCGCAACGUAAACAAUACCAAUAUAUAUCGUGCGAUUUAACAGCUGACUCGGGGAACAGCUGACUAUCGUUAUGUGGAACUCGGGCAUGCUAUAAAGAUUUAAAGCGAAAAGUAAACUACGACGCAAUAUUCAGUGCACGUUAAUGUUGAAUAUGAAAUGGAAGUUUGUUAAAAAAAAUAGAAAAAUUGUUUUUGACGUGGUAAUAUUUUAUAUCAAAUCAAUGGCACGCGUGAUCGUUUGGCGUGUCCGCCCGUUUAAUAGACCGUUUGAGUUAUGCCUCUGAUUUUGAGUUUAUUAACGUAAACGAAGGCCGCGGUUUGCGUGGACGCGGACGCGGGAGUUGGCAGCGGCGCACGCGUCGCCGCGACGGCGCGUCAUGCCCUGACUCGGAGUCGCGAGCGCGUGCUCCGCCAGUGCAGCCUUGUCCGUCGGAGGAUAUGUCCCUGUUAUGGACUACCAAUGCGUCGUUGUGUAUACGGUCAUUAACAUCGCUCCGCCGCGGUUUGACCAAAAUGCGGAAUUUUCCGACGGCUGUAUCACGUGGCUUAAAAACAAAAUCAAAAGAACGGUAGCAGUCUAUCUCCGAUCUUUGAAACUAUCUCCCAACAAUGGUAUAAUUCAUGGCAAUCUUGCUUGCUGCUACUACAAACAAGGUUUGAUAGACCUCGCAAUAGACACGUACAAGCGCGCCAUAGAACUUCAGCCUAACUUUCCGGAUGCCUACUGUAAUCUAGCUAAUGCUCUUAAAGAGAAAGGGCACGUCUCCGAGGCAGAAGAGUGCUAUAACGUGGCUUUAAGCUUAUGUCCCUCUCAUGUUGACACUCUAAACAAUCUCGGCAAUGUGAAGAGGGAGCAAGGAAGAAUUGAAGAGGCGACUAAGUUAUACUUGAGAGCUUUAGAAUUUUUUCCGAAUUUCGCGGCCACUCAUAGUAAUCUGGCGUCCCUCUUGCAGCAACAAGGGAAGUUGAAAGAGGCAUUAGCGCAUUAUAAGCAAGCUAUAACUAUACAGCCAAAGUUUGCCGAUGCUUACAGUAACAUGGGUAACACAUUAAGAGAAAUGCAAGAUAUAAAUGGCGCUCUUGCUUGUUUCAGAAAAGCUAUCGAUAUCAAUCCUACUUUUGCUGACGCGCAUUGCAACUUGGCAAGCAUUUACAAAGAUUUGGGUAUAAUUAAUAAUGCGAUUGAAUCAUAUGAAAACGCAUUAAAACUUAAGCCGAACUUUCCUGACGCCUAUUGCAAUUUAGCACAUUGUUUGCAAAUCAUCUGCAAUUGGGAUGGCUAUAAUGAGAGAAUGCAGAACAUUUUGGCGAUAGUUGAAGAUCAAUUAAGUAAUGAAAAAUUACUUUCUGUACAUCCACAUCAUUCCAUUUUAUACCCUUUGUCGAACGAAACCCGGAAGGAAAUUGCCGCCCGACAUGCUACCUUGUAUGUGGAUAAAGUAAACAUGUUGAAAAAAAUAAAAUUUAAGUUCCCCAAAAUACUACAUGGCAGGUUAAAAAUAGGUUAUGUUAGCAGUGAUUUUGGAAACCACCCCACGUCACAUCUCAUGCAAUCGAUACCAGGACUGCACGACUCCAAACGGGUCGAAAUAUUUUGUUAUGCUUUAAAUCCAGAUGAUGGAACCACAUUCCGUAGUAAGAUUAAGGAAGAAUCGGAACAUUUUGUUGAUUUAUCUUCAGUGACAUGUAAUGUUAUAGCGGCUAAGAAAAUAUAUGGGGACGGAAUUCAUAUAUUGGUGAACAUGAACGGAUAUACUAAGGGAGCGCGAAACGAAAUUUUUGCUUUGAGACCAGCACCUAUUCAAGUUAUGUGGCUUGGGUAUCCCGGCACCAGUGGAGCGGAUUACAUGGAUUACAUCAUUAGUGAUGAAAUAGCAUCCCCAGUAUCAUCAGCCAGAUACUUCAGUGAAAAACUAGCUUUCAUGCCACAAACUUAUUUUAUCGGAGAUCAUAUGCAAAUGUUUCCCCAUUUGAAAUACCAAAUUAGAGUAACGGCUGAUAUUGAAAAAUUUGAACCUACCGUUGCGGUAAUCAAUUCCCCCGAAAACUUUGUUGACAUACUUCUAGUAAAAGAAGAGUAUGAAGUUAUACAGUUUGAGAAAUUGCCACCUAUUAAAGUGCUUACGAGAGAAAUAAACAUUCCAGAUAAGGUUAUUGAAGUUUUAAAUACUUCUUGUCAAUCGCAGGUAUUUAUCAAUGAUAUGGCAAUUUAUAGUGGGGCCGCUAUAAACAAUAGUAACAAAAAAGUGGCUUCUGGAGAAGAUAUCCUACAAAAUGUAAUAUAUACAUCAAGAAUGCAGUACAAACUUCCAAAAGAUGCUAUUGUGUAUUGUAACUUUAAUCAGUUAUAUAAGGUAGACCCAGGUGUUAUGAGCAUGUGGGUACAAAUAUUGAAGGAAGUACCAAAAAGUGUUCUUUGGCUGUUGAGUUUUCCUGCUGCUGGCGAACCAAAUAUAAGAAAAGCUGCAGAAGAUUUAGGUUUAGAGUCGGGCCGAAUUAUUUUUACUAAAAUCGCGUGUAAAGAGGAGCACGUUCGCCGCGGGCAGCUGGCCGAUGUUUGCCUGGACACGCCUCUGUGUAACGGGCACACCACGGCUAUGGACGUGCUGUGGGCUGGCACUCCGCUAGUCACUAUGCCCGGAGAUACCCUAGCGUCAAGAGUGGCUGCUUCACAACUGAAAACAUUAAACUGUCCAGAACUGAUCGCAAACAGCAAGAUGGAAUACAUUAAUAUUGCUGUGAAAUUAGGUUUAGAUUUACAGUACCGUCGAUACGUCCGAGCGAAAGUCUCCGAGGCCCGCUUCAGCAGUACUUUAUUCGAUUGUAAACAUUACGCGCGCGGAUUGGAGUCUUUAUAUGACAAAAUGUGGAAGCAAUAUCAGAAUGGAGAGGAACCAGUUCAUAUGAGAACGUAUACAUAAACCAUGUUUCAAGUGGAUCGGAGCUAUCAGGAUAACAGUUAUUCAGUAUGUUAUAAAAUUGGAGAGUAAAUUGUGUCCCAGAUCCAUUUUAAUAUUUCUCUUUAACAAAAUGGCGAUUCAAUUUAAUGUUCAGUAAGUAAGGCUAGACUGUCAUGUGAUCUUAAAAUAACAAAAUAAAAAAUAUGUAAGAGAGGAAACUUAAAUUUGAAAUCAGAAAUCAGAAACAUUCAUUGCAAAACAUAUUAAGUACAUAUGUAAUAAACUAAUAAAUGAACCCUGUAAAGGCGCAGCAAUCUUAAAAGUAAAUAAUAUUAUUUGUCUAGUAUUUUUUUAGAUUCCAAUUAUUAAUAUUCGAGUCUUAGGUAAUCGCACGUACUAAAUAACAGUGAAGUUUUAUCACGAGAAGUAGCACGGUGGCCAUAAGUAGUUGUGAGCUACACGCGAUGAGAUUCAAUUCAGUUUUAAUCGACGUACCAUAGUAGAAUCGGAAAAAAUACGACUUUUUUAUGUCCUUCUAUCUUUAAAUAUAUAAUAUGUAGCCAAAAAUUCAGCCGUUUUAAUAAUAAUCAAUAAUCAUACACUAGGAUAAUUAUGAGAAUCAACGAGGAUUCUUCACAUUUUAUACCAUACUUGACAUGUUUGCGAGUUUCUUUUAGAUGUGUCAUAAUUAUACUUAGUCAUUUUUACGCUGCAACUUUACAUGCGAGAUAUUUUUGUAUAAACCGUGAAGUAAUGCGCCAUAUUUAAGAUUAAUUAAGUAAGUAAGUGACAAUCCAACAGAAGUUGUUACAUAAUCUGCGUACGUAGCCGAAUGGGACAAACGCUCACGAAACGAAACGUAGAUAUCUAUCUCUAUCGCUCUUGCGUAUUGGCGCGACAGAGCCAGACUAUCUUUCGUGGCGUUUCGUUUUCGUUUCGUGUUGCAGAAACGCCAUUCGGCUACGGCACAUGAUAUUGAUAUAAAUGUGCCAAACUUCUUAACUUCUAUUAGAUUGUGACCUAAUGCGCUUUGCUUCCGCUAAGUAUAUCGUGUUUUUUUCUGUUCAAUAGGGAAAAUGAACUUAACUCCAAAAUGGCCAAAAUAGUUUUAUUUGUAAUUUUAUUCCUAAAAAAUAUAUGUUUACUAAAUACUUUUGAAAUUUAUCGUAUUUUAAUAGUGAAAUUUAAUUUGACGUCUGUAAGAAACGGAAAAACCCCAGUUACAAAAUGUAGUUACCAAAUGGUUCAAUACGUAACUCUGGCCCAAUACGUAACAUGCUACAAAAUGGGAAUCAAGAUUCCCGGUUUAUAGCCGGUUACGAAAUUUUGGCUACCAAUUGGUACUAAACCGCCAAAAUUGCCGCGUUUUAAUUGCCCGUAAAUGAUAGUGGUUUUAAGAAUUUUUUUCUAGUUUCUUAGUUUAUAUUUUGGAUGUGUUUUAUUUAUGAUAUAUUUGUGUAGAAUUGUAUAAAAAUAUUGAAAAAAAUCAUGCAAAUUCCCUAUUCACAGGUCGUUUUUAUAAAUGUUCACCCGAAUAUUCAACUAUUAAGUUGUGAAUUUGUAAGACAUAUUUUUUUUUCAUUAUUUGUAUCAACCUCGUAUGGUUUACUGCGAAUGUCAAGGAUUUCGUUCAAUGUCCACGUAAGCAUUAUCAGGUAAAAUCUUUAAGGUCUGUUAUUUUUGUGUAUGCGUAUGUUGUUUUUAAAAAAGAACAUAGUACGUUUUAUAAUACCGUAAAACUACUACACUAUACUACAAUACUGCAACUAUGGCACCUAUGCAUGUACACAGUUAUACAAUAAAAUUCUAUUCUAUUCUA